AGCACGGCUACCCACCCACCCUCCCAGGGCAGCCGUGCCCAGCCCAGGGCCCUGUUCCCAAGGCGCUGCUCCCUGCGUCCCGGCCUCAUGGAAUCCUGGAUCAGAGGCCUGGGAUUCUAGUCUCCUCCCUGCUUCUCUCCAAGCACGGUCUUCCGCAGCUCCUGGUUUCGCACUUGCUCCCCGCCAGUUUCUUUUCUGUUUUGGAAAGGGAGGAGGAGGAGGAUGGAGAAUGCCCCUUGUGACAAACGUCAAGCCCCCUCCCUCGUAUUAAGCCUCUUUCCGUCUCUCCAGGUGUCACAGAGGCUGGAAGGAUGCAGCGGCCAGUGCCUGUCUUAAGGAAACCUUGGUCAACCCACUUCCAGUCAGCUUGGACCAGGGAGCAACGGGUCCCUCCCCACGAAGGGCGCCACACCAGUCCAGCCGCAAGGUUCCUGCACUGACCAGCCAGAUACUCUGAGGCGCCCACGAGCAGCGAGUCAUGGCCAACAUUCCUCCAGAUUUGGACCCCUUGGCCACCCACAAAUGUUGAUUGACGGAUUUCACAGAACUACCAAGUCCCAUCAGCACAGGAGCUGCGGAUUCUGUAACUGCGCUGCUCUGAGAAAACGCUGGAUUUUUUCCCUUCACUUCUUCACCACCUCAACAAUUCCAGGAGCACGGGAAGUGCUUUGCCUGGUGGCCGUCCUUGAGCACCCACAGGAGGAUCCACAUCAGGGAGAAGCCCUUCACCAGCCAGAUGUGUCAGCAAAGCUUCAGCCACCAGCACCACACUGUCGCCCCACUGCCGGCCCCACGUGCACCGCAGGCAGCAGAUCUCCCUGGAGAGGAAGAAGCAUCCACCCGCGCACCGUUCCCCUGGACCGAGUGUGGGAAGAGCUUCGUGCAGAAGCCCAACCUGGUGAGGCACCUCCGUUACCACGGUACUGGGAGGACCCACAGCUGCGAUGACCGCAGGAAAGGCUUCACCCAGACGCAGCACCUGGUGAAGUACCAGCACACCCACCAGGCGGAGAAGGGCUUCCAGUGCCACACCUGUGUGGCAGACCUUUCCUACCCAGGGCACACUCACGGGCCAUCAGAGGUCUGGCCACAGUGGAGUGGAGUUUCUGGCCACGCGAGCUGCAGAGGAGGAGCAGGUGUGGGGACAGGAGGGGGCCUUCUCUUUGGCCAGCCAGGAGGUGCACAGGCAAGGCCCGGCUCUCUGGCAGCCAAUGGUCAAGACCUCUUCAGCCCCCGAUCAGCUGAGCCAGCCCAGGGACUUCUGUGGGCAGCUGGUCCUAAUUGUGGAACCAGGGACUCGGCCCCUGGCACUGUCCCAAACGAAGAGGGGGGUCUUCCGGAAGCCAGAGGUCCCAACCCCCGCCCCAGAGCAGAAGCAGUACAUUUGCAACAUGUGGGAAAGGGUUGGUGUCCUGGUCAGCACUCGGCGUCCACCACUGCAUCCAGACAGGCGAAAGGCCCUACCGGUGUAGGGAGUGUGGGAAGAGCUUGAGCCAGACCUGGCGAGGCACCAGCACUACCACACGGGGGAGAAGUCCUUGUGCAGAAGCCCCCGCUCGCCAAGCACCGGCAGGAUGCAUCUCAGGGCCUGUUCUGGGCUGUAAAAUUCGGGGCCCCGUAGGACACGGCUUGGGUGGAGAGGGCCAUGUGUGGCCCCAAUAGCCAACUCAGCAGAAGGGCCUUGCCUUCUGCUUCCAGGGAGGCUGCACACAGGACCUCAUCUACGUCUCACCUUGGCGAUGGGCAGGGAUGGCCGGCAGACUUGGAUGGGCCCACUGGAAUUGCCCCUUGCUUUCUGCAACUCUUCUGGGCCCCGGGGGGCAGUUGGGCCUUAGGGGCACCUUGACUCUGUUGGAGCAAACCUGGGGCACGGCAAUCCCUGUGCCACUUCGGUUUUGCCAGUUGCUUUCCUGUGGCGCACGUCCAAGACCAGGACUGGGGAAGGGGACUGGAGCUGGGCUUCAGCGGGGGAGUUGCACCGAAGGGCCCUUUGUUGAAGGCUCAGUCGAAGCCAGGCACCCUGGCCUCGGAGGUCGCUCUGAAGCCUCUCCGUUGCGUAGCCCUUGGGGGAGCUCUGCAGAGCCUCCCCGGCUAGGACUGCAUCUCUCCCAGGGUGACUGGGGUCCUUACCCUCGUGGGGGUCCUGGCUGGCUCACAUACUGAAAAAGGAGGGGAAGACCGAGAGCUCUGAAAUGGCACCCCUUGUGCCCAAGUUCUACAUGGUCAGAAGUAGCCAAAGCACAUUUAACGCCCUUUCUUGGGACGUUACUUCUGCCCAGGGAGGGACACAAACAUUGGAUUAAAAUGUCUGAGAAGUA